AUGUCGAUAUCAAUCAUGAAGGAAAUAGUUUGUUCGAUUCUUCACGUGGUGGGGUUACGUGUAGCGUCAUCAUCAUCAUCAUCCAAUCAAGGCUCACCGGAAGCUUCUGAGUGCCGGGGAAGUCCGUCGGAGACGUACAUGGAGGAGUUCAGAAGCCGGACGCCGUCGCUCCGUUACAUCUCCCUCCGUCGGGCCACCAAACAAGAAUGCUCCGUUUGCUUAACGGAGUUUAAACCAGAUUCAGAGAUAAAUAAGCUUUCGUGUGGGCAUGUUUUUCAUAAAUCGUGCCUUGAAAAAUGGCUAAAAUGCUGGAACAUUACCUGCCCUCUGUGUAGAAACCACAUGAUGAUUUCUAAAGAAAUGGAAGAAAACAACACUUGCCCGAUGUGA